UUUCACCCGGGCUGAAAGUCUCUGUUUAUAUUUUGGGGACAAGUUUUGGUUUUUAGCCCGUUACUGCUCCAGACACAGCCGUAUCGCAUCAAAUUAAAUACCGCAAGACGGUCUGGUUCUUAUUAAACGAUUCACAAAGAAACAAAACUGGCCCCUCCACUGCCCGUCACCAUGCCCGCCCUGUUGGAGAGACCCAAGCUGUCCAACGCGAUGGCCAGAGCCCUCCACAAACACAUAAUGAGGGAGAGAGAGCGGAAGAGACAAGAGGAAGAGGAGGUGGAUAAAAUGAUGGAGCAGAAGAUGAAGGAGGAGGAAGAGAGAAAGAGGACAAAAGAAAUCGAGGAGAGGAUGUCCUUGGAGGAAACCAAAGAACAGGUAAUGAAGAUGGGCGAAAAACUUCAGGGACUCCAAGAAGAGAAACAUCAGCUCUUUUUACAGCUCAAGAAAGUUCUCCACGAGGAGGAGAAGAGACGCAGAAAGGAGCAGAGUCUGUUGCAUUUCUGCGCCCCCGGUGUCCUUUUCAGUGAUAUCACAACAUUGACAUCAGCCAGCUACCAGCCCAGUCUGCCAAUGCAUUCAGGACAGCACCUCCUAAGUAUUCAAGGCAGCCCAGUCAGCCACAGUCGACCUGGCGCACUGCUUGGAGAACGGAGCAAACAGCUGUUCCCAGCUGCUGUGAUCCCCGCACGUCAUUAUCAGACACCUGGGUUCAGCUCAGGCUCAGCAGAGCACGGGCAGUUCAGCGGAGGCCAGGGGGUCCAUGAGCCCUACGGGGUGGCUCAGCCCCAACACCCCUCCACCUACGCCCCUGGACCUUCAGUACCAGUCAGCUUUGCAAGCAGCUCUCAGAUCAGAGGUGCAUCCGCAUUUCAAGCCAUGCAGUACCUGCCUCACCAGCAGGCUGGCUACCCCGUUCACAGUCACUUCACCUCCCAGCCAGGAUACAUACCUGGAGCAGGAAUACCCCUGCAGAAGCAGCUGGAACAUGCCAACCAACAGUCUGGUUUUACUGAUGCAGGUGCUUUGAGGCCUAUGCACCCCCCAGCCAUGCAUCCUUCUGCUCCAGGCCUGCUGCCCACACCAUCAAUGGCGGUCCAGAUUCCUACUGCAAAGGCCCCUUUCCAGAGCUCUCCCCAGGGUGCCCCUCGGCACAGCUUCCUCUCCCACAGCCAGAGCGGGCAAAGGUUCUACCCCCACAGCAAGUAACUUAUUACAACGUUCAGCAUCACUGUCGCUGAGAUCUCACACCUUCGCUCAAGAUCUUGAAUGUUUCAUGGAUCGACAUUUUUUUUUAAAAACAUGACAAUUAGGCUGGAUCGUGCCAUAUGAUUUGUGCUGUAUUCCCUGUAUGGUAUCUUUUUUUGAGCUUUGUUUUCACUUUUGUCAAUAAGCUAAAAAAGGAGUUUUUAAACUUGUGUCCUUCUGUGAACAACAUACUUUGAGUUUUACAUGACUUCAGUUUGUAAAAUAGCUAUUUUGCCUACACUUUGAAGCUUAAUGGAGGAGCUUUAUGUGCAGAAUUGUUCAUUUGUAUAAAAAAAAAAAAACGUGUCCAAACCAAUCCCUUGUAUUCAGUCACAUCUUUGCAGUGACUUUGCUCAAUAAAAAGUAGCAAAAGGCAGAAUAGAAUAAAACUUUGAGGAACAUUUAGUAGGUGAUUUGAAUAGUAUGUGGAUAAAUUUCUGCCGAUAUGCACAUUGAUGAAUAAUCCUCCAGCUCUUAAACACUGUUUCAUUGUGUUGCUUACUUCUGGUUAAUCACUUUAAACCUGUUAGAUCGCACAAAUGACCGUUUUAUAGGACAUUGAUGGAGGAUUUCCAGUGUUUUCCGUUGUUCUCUGCAGUAUAAGUCAAGUUUACGACAUUUCUGAUUUUAAGCUUUUGCUUAAAUGUUACUAAAUAAACAGUAAGCCACAUUCAA